GGGGGGGGGGGGGGCACGCGUAUGAAGCGUCUGUUAUCUUCGUUUUUACAGCGUGGGACCCUCUAUGUCGCCUUGCAACUUUACUUUACAGGAAGAGCCUUCUGAGAUUAAACUCCGUUCAGUUGAAGUGGGCUCGCGGAGACCGGAGAACGGACCGCGCGCGAGGCGACAGUGAAGAAAUAGGAGGCACGUGACGUGGAUCUCUGUGCGCGCGAGACGGGACGUGUGCACGACAAGCGGGAAGGAGGUCAAACCUUCGGACGUCCCGGCGUCGGUUCAAGCUUUUUCUGACCCGUUGCGUGUGCUCAGUGGUCCCGAACCUGCAGCACGAGUGUCGCUGCGUCUUACGGGACCCCCCGGUGUGUCGUGUUGUGACGCACGUGAAGCAGGACAGGGGGGAGGAGGGGGGUACGCCUCCGUGCGUCUCCUCCACGAUCGAUGAUGACCUCCCGGGUCUCGAGCGGAACGGGCCUCGACUCCUAUUGGAUCGUUCUGCGUGGAUUGGGCGUGGUCGCGGCCAGAGCCCGCUGGGAAGGUCCGAGGCGCUCGAGGUGACGGACAGUCGGACUCAGGGCACGGGACGGGGCGGGGGCACACGCAGAGACCUCGCGCGCUGUGGGUUCGUGAAUGAUUAAACGGGUUCGAUUUCGAUGAUUUGCCGGCGUUCGAUAUGUCUUUUGGAGGAUGAAAAGGAGAUGACCUGGUGGGACACCUGAUGCGGCCUGGAGGCACCGACCAGGCUGGAUCUGGGAACACCGGACCCCGGUUCUAACUUCCCCUAAGCACGGGACUCCCUCCGUGGACGAUGUCCAGCACGCGCAACAACACUUUGUGUUACUCUGGAAUCGCCGUAGCCCUUACCUUAGUGUAAAGCUCCCUUACGGAGUUCAUCUCAGUGUCGAACUGAAGCGAGGAACUUAACCAACAACCUCUCAGGCUCAUCAGAGCUCGUGAUGGAAUCCAUCCCCGUCUCCGUCGCUAAUGCGCGCGCAAAGCCGGCGUCGCCGCGCACGCCGUUGCCGCGCACGCCGUUUCCGCUUCUGCCGCUUCUGCCGCUUCUGCUGCUGCACCUGCCGCGGCUCGCGACGGCCGCCGCCUUCAAGGAGAUGACGUGCGAGCCCAUCACGGUGCCCAUGUGCCGCGACGUGGGCUACAACCUGACGCACAUGCCCAACCAGUUCCACCACUACAGCCAGGAGGAGGUGGGGCUGGAGGUGCACCAGUUCUGGCCGCUGGUGCGGAUCCGCUGCUCGCCGGACCUGCUCUUCUUCCUGUGCAGCGUGUACACGCCCAUCUGCAUGCCCGACUACGGCCGCCCGCUGCCGCCCUGCCGCGCGGUGUGCGAGCGCGCCAAGCGCGGCUGCUCGCCGCUCAUGCGGCAGUACGGCUUCCAGUGGCCGCCGCGCAUGAGCUGCGAGCGGCUGCCGCGCCAGGGGGACCCUCUGCAGCUCUGCAUGGACCGCAACGCCAGCGACGAGCGGCCCCCCGCCGCCACCUCCGCCGCCCCGCCCCCGUCCAAACCCCCCCCCCACCUCCUCCUCCCCGCCGCCGCCCCCCCGCGCCGACGCCCCGCCCCCUCCGCCCCCAGGGGCUGCGACCCCGAGUGUCCCUGCUGGCCUCCCUCCUCCUCCUCCUACUCCUCCUCUUCGUCCGGGUCGUCGUGGCGACGGGACACGCCCCCGGCGGCGGGCUGCCCCGCCCCCUGCGUGCGGCCGCACCUCACGGCCGACCAGCAGGCCUUCACGCGGCUGUGGCUGGGGCUGUGGGCGGGGCUGUGCUUCCUGUCCACGGCCGCCACGCUGGCCACCUUCCUGAUGGACCGCGCCCGCUUCACCUACCCCGAGCUGCCCGUCGUCUACCUGGCCGCCUGCUCGCUGGGCGUGGCCGCCGGCUACCUGCUGCGCCUGGCCACCGGCCACCGCGCCGUGGCGUGCGCGGCGGCGGCCGACGGCGGCGGGGGGGCGGGGCCUGCGCUGGCGCGGGGCGCGGCCGCCACCGGCUCGCCGCUGUGCAUGCUGGUCUUCCUGCUGCUGUACUUCUUCGGCAUGGCGGGCGCCGUGUGGUGGCUGCUGCUGUCGCUCACCUGGUACCUGGCGGCCGGCCUCAAGUGGAGCAGCGAGGCCAUCGCGGGCCACGCCCACUACUACCACCUGGCCGCCUGGCUGCUGCCCGGCGGGCAGACGGUGGCCGUGCUGGCGCUGGGCGCCGUGGACGGCGACGCCGCCGUGGGCGUGUGCUACGUGGGGGGGGGGCGGGGCCUGGGGCUGGUGCUGGCGCCGCUGCUCCUCUACCUGCUGGCCGGCGCCGGCUUCCUGUCGGCCGGCUUCGUCUCGCUGUUCCGCAUCCGCCGCGUGAUCCGCGGAGGGGGCGGAGCCGGGCCGGGCGCCGCCCUGAAGAGCCGCAAGCUGGAGCGCUUGAUGGUGCGCCUGGGGCUGUUCACCGUGCUCUACAUGGUGCCCGCCGUCGCCGUGGUGACCUGCCUGGCGUACGAGCAGCACCGGCGGCGGGAGGCGUGCGCGUCCUGCCCCGCCCCCCACCGCCGCCAGAGGGGCGGGGCCCUGGCGGCGGCGGGCGAGGAGGCGUGGCCCGAGCACGCCGUGCUGAUGCUGAAGCACUUCAUGACGCUGGUGGGGGGGGUGACCUCGGGGGUGUGGGUGUGGUCGGGGAAGACGCUGGGCGCGUGGAGCGGCUUCCUGUCGCGGCGCUGCUGCCCGGCGGCGGCGUUGGGGGCGGGGCCAGGGCCGCGGCCGUCCGAGGGCUCCACCUGCAGCGAGGCGAGCUCCGCCCUCACGCACCGCACCGCCAUCACGCCGUCCACGCUGCACGCCAAGUCCUCGGCCCCGCCCUCGCUGUGAGCAGGACCCACGCACACACCUAUACACACCUGUACAUCCCCCUUACACAAACACCUGUAGACACACACCUGUGGACAAACAGAUGUGCACACACACACACACCUGUAGAUGCACAGCUGAGCACACACACAACCCACACCCCCACACCACACAGCCUCUUGGAACGAAGUUGAACAUUCAUUUAUUAAAUAUGGAAAUGAUGAAGCAGCAGGAAGGACCCCGUCACAGGACGGGACUCACUUCAAGGACUCAAGCCACUCACUGCAAGGACUCCAGGGACGCCCAUCAAGGACUCCAGGGACGCCCAUCAAGGACUCCAGGGACGCCCAUCAAGGACUCCAGGGACGCCCAUCAAGGACUCCAGUGAGUCACUACAAAGACUCCAGUGAGCCACUGAAAGGACACUAAAAGGGAUGAAGUGUACUUUAAAAGUGACUGAAAUAGAGAAUUUGAAAUGGACCUCGGUGUUGCUGGCGCACAGCAGGAUGUCGUCUGCGUCGUUUAGGCUUUUCCUGUGAGUACCUUCGAGAUGUUUUCUGUAUAUACCGUACUGAUGGUUGAACAUUGGCUACUUAGACUAUUUCAGCCCAUAAUACUUUGGAAAUUUAGGUCAAUCGAAAAAAAAAAAAAUACCUCAAUCAUAAUUUAAAAGGAUGUAAAUAAUUGUGUGUCAGUCUCCUAGG